UUCAGCUCUGGUGAUCUCUCUCUCAAUCCUCACAUCCAGAAAAGUUCACAAUGAAGAUGCGUGCAGCCGUGGGUCUCUGGGUCUUAUCAGCGGUGAUCUGCGUGGGCAGAGGCCAUCACAAUUCGGGUCGUGAAAACCUCAAGGCCGUCCCAGACACUGAAGUGGACAUCAGCGUCUCCCUGGUGAACGAAGCAAACAAAGGGUUUUCCUUCCGGCUCUACAGGAAGUUAGCAGCUCAUGCUGACUCACAGGGAGAGAAUAUCUUCUUCUCCCCGGCUAGUGUGUCGGCCGCCUUGGCUGCGUUGUCCGUGGGAGCGCAGGGGGAGACGCACCGUCAGCUUUUCAGUGGUCUGGGUUUCAACAGCAUCCUUCUGAUGCAGACAGAUGUGGACCAGGCCUUCCAGACGUUCCUCCAGAGCACCAACAACCCAUCUCAGGAGCACGCCAGCAAAGGGACCGCUGUGUUCGUGGACAAUGACUUCAAGCCCAAGCCAGAGUUCCUGCAGACCCUGAAGCAGUCGUACUUCGCAGAUGGGUUCAAUCUGGACUUCACCAAAGCCACAGAAAGUGCUGAUGCCAUCAAUAAGUACGUGGCGGAGAAGACCAACGGGAAGAUUGACAAGCUGGUGAAAGACUUGGAUCCAAGCACAGUCAUGUAUCUAAUCAGCUACAUUUAUUUCAAAGGAAAGUGGGUGACUAGGUUUGACCCUAGGCUCACCAAGAAGGAUGACUUCAAUGUGGAUGAGAACACCAAGGUUACAGUUGACUUGAUGAAUCUGAAGGAUGGUUUCAACACCUACCAAGACAAUGUGCUGAAGACAACGGUCCUUCAGCUCCCCUUCAACAGCUCCUACUCCAUGCUGCUGAUGUUGCCUGACUUCAUGGCAACACUGGAGAACGCCAUUGACCCGAACCUGGUUGCCAAAUGGUUGAAGGCUAUGAGCCCCAGGAGAUAUGAUGUAUAUAUUCCAAAGUUCUCCAUCAAGACUUCCUACAACCUCAACAAUGUGCUGUCAGGAAUGGGAAUGAAGGACAUGUUUGGUGGUCGUGCAAAUUUGAAAGGCAUUUCAGAGAAGCAAGGACUGGCAGUCUCAAGUGUUGUGCACCAAGCUAAGCUGGACGUGGAUGAGGCCGGAGCCACCGCUGCAGCUGUCACAGGCAUCAGCAUCGAACGGACUGCCCCCCUGGCCCCUGUCCCUGUGUUGAAGUUCAAUCGUCCAUUCGUGGUCAUCAUCACUGAACGCAAUACGGAAGAAAUCCUCUUCUUGGGCAAGAUUAUCAACCCAACCAUCUGAUCAUCACUUUGUUUGCUCAAGCACAGCUGUUGCAUCUCAUAAAGGAGUCAGAAAA